AUGGACGAUUUGGAGGACGACACCACCGUUUUUUCAACACUUAAGUCUUUUAAGAACUUCAUAACUCGCCCAGACCGGUCUCUGUCGGAAGCGGGGCCUGCAUACGGCAGAAGUGAUCUACAGAAGCUCUACACUCAAAGACUAGAGAUGGAGGAGGCUGCAGAGAGGAUCCAUUCUCACACGAACCUCCUGCAGCUGACUCAGGAGAAACAGCAGAUGGAGCUGAGCCACAAACGCGCUCGGAUUGAGCUGGAAAAAGCCGCCCACCUCAGCUCCAGAGACUUACAGAGGGAGGUGGACCGGAACCAGGAUCUGCUGACGAGAAUCCGGCGUUUGGAGGACAGGGAGGCAGACGCAGGACAAGCACUCAGUGAACAGGUUGAAAACAACAAGGCCUUGAAACACAGCAUAGAGGAACUCCACAAGAAAGUCGAUGAGAAGGAUAGCAAACUCACUGAGGCCAACCAGACCAUUAGUGCUUUGAGAGAUGAAUUGAGGGGGCUGAAUCAGCAGCUUCAAACCCAGGAAUCCAAACUCUCCACACAGACCUUAGAGAACCAGGCCCUGCAGGAGCAGUCGGAGCUACAGCGCAGAAAGUACCAGGAGCUCAGUCAGAGGUACCAGAGUCUCCAGACGUCUCAGUUUUCCAGCACAGAGAGUGAACUGAAGAUCAAGGAGUUGGAAAGGCGUUUGGCUUUGCAGGAACAAGACUCAGUCAUUGUGAAGAAUAUGAAGACUGAAGUGGCUAGACUGCCAGAUUUGGAAAGAGAGGUCAAACGACUCAGGGAAGAAAAUGCCUACCUCAGAGAGACAAAAGAGAACAGCAGUUUACUGAAGGAAGAAACAGAGGGACUGAGGAAGAAGCUGAAAAGGAUGGAGAAAGUGAAGGAGGACAUGGUUAAUCUGGAGUUAGAAAAGGAGAAGCUUGAAUUGAAGCUGAAGGCCUGGGAGGACAUUGGCCAAACCACUGGACUCAACAUCAGGAAACCAGAGGAUUUGUCCAGAGAAGUCAUUCAAAUUCAGCAGCGAGAGAUCAAUCUGAAACAACAGAAUUAUACCCUUACCACAAGCUUGCGUACUCUGGAGAAGGCCCGGGCGGAGCUCCAGACGGAGGUGGUGCAGCAACGCUCCAAAGCUCUGGAGGAGCAGAAGAAGAGGGAGAACCAGGAUGCUCUGGUCAAGCGCCUCCAGAAGAGAGUCCUGCUGCUCACAAAGGAACGGGACGGCAUGCGAGCAAUACUGGAAUCAUAUGACCGUGAACUGGCCUCCACUGAGUACUCUCCUCAGCUCACUCGCCGUGUCCGAGAGGCAGAGGAAAUGCUUCAGAAGGUGCAGGCCCACAACACAGAAAUGGAGGCUCAGCUGUCAAAAGCCCAGGAGGAAGCUGGCACAUUCAAACUCCAGGCUCAGAGGGCGGAGUUAGAACUCGAUGUCCUGAAGAAGCAGCAGGCCUCGGUUGUCGAGAGCAACCCCAUAGCAACGACUGAGGAGAUCAACUCCCUCAGGCAGAAGAUAGAGGAAUUGGAGUCUGAGCGUCAACGCCUGGAGGAACAGAACAACAUUCUGGAGAUGAGACUGGAAAGGCAUAACCUACAGGGUGACUAUGAUCCUGUCAAAACUAAAGUGAUCCAUUUUCGGCUCAACCCGACCAGCGUUGCCAAGCAGCAGCGUGCCGAGGAGGUGGAGCAGCUGAGGGAGGAGUGUCAGCGUCUGAGGGACCGCCUCCGGACGCUACAGGCCGAGGGAACCAUGGCAACGGAUGAUGCCUCUUUCAGCAUUCCACCCUCACAAGAAGUACUAGAUUUGCGAAAGCAGAUGGAGAGUGCUGAACUGAAGAACCAACGUCUCAAAGAAGUGUUCCAAAAGAAGAUCCAGGAAUUCCGCACUGCCUGUUAUGUUCUCACGGGAUACCAGAUUGAUAUCACCAUGGAAAACCAGUAUCGGCUAACCUCUGUCUACGCUGAACGUAUGGAGGACUGUCUACUCUUUAAGGCCAAUGGUCCUGUGGGAAGUGGGAGCAUGCAGUUAUUGGAGACAGAUUUUUCCCGCACUCUGACCGAGAUGGUCGACCUGCAUCUGUUCCACCAGAAGAGCAUCCCAGCCUUCCUGAGUGCCGUGACCCUUGACCUGUUCAGUCGGCAGACCAUCAUUUAGAUUUCUCUGACCUCACCCUUACACCCCCUCAAGUGAAAUGUAGACAGACACAAAAAUGGCAUACAAACAGAAAACCGCAUAUAUACGUGUUUUGUAACUGCACUCGCACACACCACUCACACACACCA